UCUUCCUUUUUUCUUGUGCUCUGGAGAGGAAUGGCGGAACUCGACGAUCUCUUCAUCUUCUCCGGCGAAGAAGAGCACUGUUACGGAAGCUCAUGGCGAGAUCCACAUCCUCUCGGCUACCAGUCCCUUUUCUUACCCCCCCACUCCGGCAUCUUCUCCUUCCGCUGUGAACCCUACUUGGAAUACAUGGUCCAAGAGGACCAAGCGCUCCGAUUUGAGCCCCAAAUCGACUCCGAAAUCCAAAUCGCCGAUCUCAAUUGCUUCUCCAUGGACUUGGACUAUCGCCCCGGGGAGGGGGAGGAAAUCGUUGCCGGCGGCAGCGGCGAGGUCCAGCAAGGUUCCAAUAUUCAGGAAGUCUCCGGCGUCGUUCGAGACUUCAUCUCGAUGAUCGGAAGCGGCGGUGAUAUGGAGUGUGAAUCUUAUCAGAAGGAAAUCACCGACGAUGUGCAGGACUUCAUCUCAAUGAUCGACCGCAGGGAGAUUGAGCUGGAAUCCGAUCAUGAACAAGUAGCCGACGAGGAUGUCCGAGACUUCAUCUCGUUGAUCGGUGGUGGGGGUGUCAUGCAGGAAUCCAAUCAGAUGAAUUUGGUCGAAGACGCGCAAGAUUUCAUCUCGAUGAUCGAUGGAAGGGAUAACGGGGAGGAAUUCCAUCAGGAUGAAGUCAUGGAGACUGUGUGGGAUGUGGACCAUGAUCGGAAUCACGAAGAGCAUGGAUGGGAGGUCCUUGUGGACCUAGAUGAUGAUGAUGAUGAUGUUGGAGGGCCGCCUGCGGCGGCGGAGUCAGUGGUGGAGGCGCUUCCGUCGGUGUCUAUGGCUGGUGAAGGUUUGGCGGGGGAGAGCAUGGCUUGCGCUGUUUGUAAGGAUGAGAUUGAGUUGGAAGAGAAGGUGAAGAAACUGCCUUGCAAGCACUAUUUCCACUCUGAAUGCAUCGUUCCAUGGCUCAAAAUGAGGAAUACCUGCCCAGUUUGCAGGCGCGAGUUGCCAACAGAUGAUGCAGAGUAUGAGAGAUGGAGGGGAAGGAGGGACACUGAGGUUUGAUUGAAGUGGGAGGUACUUUUUCUUCUUAUUCAUAUAAUGCAGCUUAAUUGAUUUGUGAUAUAUAUAUAUAUAGUUUAAUUUUUUUGGUGAAAUUCAUAGUGUUGACCUCUGUCUGUAGGCUACCUCUGUCUGUAGGCUAUCAGUUCAUUUUGGUCCUUUAGGACUCCUGAACAUGACUAAAUGUGCUUGGUGCUUUGAUCUUUUAAAUGAAUUUAUAAUUGUUCCAUUGAAA